UGACCGACUGGUUACGUUUAUUUCUUCAUCCUGCUACAUCCCCAAAAGGCUCUGUUUGACAGGGAGGACAGCGGCAUCAUCACUGCCAUGCACUGGGUGCCAAGCAUCAUGUCACCACAUUAAGUACUCUCCGCGGUUGUGUGACAUGACCCUCACAGCCCUGUUAGAUCUGUCAUUUUUGGUGGAGGAAUGUCUGUUAACUGCCUUUGCCCUGAGGGAAGCCGACUUCCCCUCCCUCUUUUCUGAGGAAUCCUUGUUUGGAGAGGAGAUUGCAGCCUCCUGGUGGGGAGGAGUGGAAGGAUUACAUAAAAAACAACUUUCUUGGGCCCUGAACGACAACAGACCUUCUUUCUUUGUCUUGGGAAGCACGUUGGAGGGAUGACAGACGGAUUCUCGCAAUUUGGAAAUAAAAACUUGAGGGACGAGUUGAAAAGCCACAUCUCUGGUCCUUGUACACGUAUUCAGAGCAAUUUCAUCCAGAGACUACCCUUCCUGGGCAAACUGCCCUCAGGUGUUGUCCUCCACUGCAGGAAGCCCCUAGAAGUUCCUGCUCUACUCGGCGUUGACCAAGAAGCCAUGAAAUCCUUUUCUGGGGGAGACGUAGAAGAUUGCCUCCUAAAUAAGGUGGACUUGAGACGCCAGCAGGUUUCCCAGGCUGUGGAGGAGGUGCAGAGAGUCAUCCAUUGUCUGACCACAGAAAUCAGCCACCAAGACAUCCGAUUCCAAGCUGUGCCUUACUCUGACAUAUACAAUGGGAACAUUAAGGUUUUGGCCCCCAGCCAGUUCCUGGUCACAGUCCCAGUGAAAGGUCUGGCCGGGUACCGGGAGGCCAGGGAGCGGCGCUGGCGGUACUACACCCUUCAGGGCACCCGGAUCCCCUGUCCCCUGAGGGACCCGGAGGGCCUGCAGCAGUGGCUGGAGGUGGAACAGUUCAUGAAGAGCCUGUGGCAGUGGCAUGAGGCAGACGUGAACAUCGAGGGGGACAUUGUGCCCGCCAAGGUCCUCCUGGUGUUCCGGAAGCUAGUGGAAAACGCUAUUAGGACCUGUCACCUCUCAGGUAAGGUCAGCCUGCUGGCAAACUGCGAGGCCAUUUGGGUUGCCGUGGAAACAACCGCAUGUCAGGUGGAAAUAGAGCUGGUCCCCACCGUGGAGAUCCCCACCGCCUGGUCUGAGAAAGCACAGUGGCCUCGGUGUCUGAAGCGCUGGCCUUCCCCAGAGAAAGUGGAAUGCCUCAAGUCCUUUGGGUUCAACCUGCUGGCCCACGCCGGCUAUCACUGGCAGCUCAGCUUCUCCCAGGCCGAGCAGAUGCUCCUGGAGCAGCUGGACGAGGAUGGGGGCUGCCGCAGACAGUGCUUUCAGGUCUUGAGGCAGCUGAAGGAGGACGUCUGGUGUCCUGGGAAGAGGCCUGUCCUCACCUCCCACCAUCUGCAGACUGUGCUCUUCUGGACUUGUGAGAAGUAUCCCCACCUGAAGGACUGGCAGGUGUUCCACAAAGCCCUCCUGCGCCUGGUGAGGAAGCUGCACAAGUGUGUGAGCCAGCACUUCCUGAAGCACUACUUCGUCCCAAAGAGCAACCUCCUCCAAUAUGCUAACUCCAGCGAGCUGGACUCCGUAGCCCAAAAACUGGCCUUCUUCCUGAAGAACCCCCAGAUCGGCCUGCCCUGAAGGCUGGCCCUGCCUCGGAGACCCUCGCACACUCCAUUCUGGCUUGAGCUCCUUGUCCAGGUGGUUUCUCCCCCAGGUGCCAGGACCCUACCCAGGAGAGAGGCAGAGGAAACCACCUCGGGACUCCAGAGAGGGAAAACUGUGUCCUGAGAUGUCCGACCCAGGCCUCUCUGGAGCUAAGCAAGCAUUUCACCCCAGCUACCUCUCAUGGGGCGGCUCUCAUCAAGCUUCCCAAGCCACUGAUUCUGAACUGAUGACAGUUCUGGUUUAUUUUCUCUUACUCCGGCUCUGAUUGUCUGACUGGGAGAACCUCUGGAAGGCCAGACAGGAGCUUGCCGCCCACGAGUGUUCUCUAGCCCACUGAACAUGGGCCCAUUAUCUUUCCAUUUGUAAAAUGGAGAUGUUAAUAUGCCCUCUUUGGAGAGGGCUUCGAGCCUGUGGCAUUGCUGGGACCUUUUCAACAGAAGGACAUUGGAGCAAUACAAAGUGCUACUAGCUGGUUUAGGAGCCGGUGUUUGCCUCCUGGAUGGGUAUCCACACACUGAUGGAACGGUCACACCUAAGCGUUGCACACCUCUGAUGCCCUCAGCCCUCCUACACUGUGGUUGAGUGGCCUCUGCUCUACUGGUGUUCUCCUAAGAACAGCAGGAGUAGUCCUGGGGGCUAGUGGGAGUCCAGGAUCCACCCACUGCCAGCUACAGACCUCUUCUCCCCACGCCAGGAUGCAGGAAUGGAACUUCCUUCUACUUCUAGAAUGAGCUUCAUACCAUGAACUUGCUUGGAGUGACAUAUUCCUUUGCUCAAAUCACUCAUUCACUUAUUCAUUCCUUGGUAAAUAAAUGUUCACUGGACACUGGGAAAACCAGAGAGAGCAACAUGGACCCACUGAAUGGGGUGACACCUAGUGGUGAAGACAAGAAAUGAACAGAUAAAUAAAACAGUUACUACAGAUGAAGCAAGGGCUCUAAAGGAAAUAAACAGAAUGUUGAAACAGAAAGAUGCACAAAGGACGAAAAUGAAAACCAUGGAAGGACAGGCUUGAAGGGGCAAGGAUGAGUCCAAUCCUGUGACCCUGCAAAGCUGAUAAGGGAUCAGUAUUCUAUUCUAAGGUGUAACAUUGACCUCUCCCAAAGCAAGUGGGGUAUCAGGAUCUGACUUGCCUUUUAAAUGAUUGCUCAGGUGACUGCAUCCAGAAGUCUGGGGCUCAAGAGACUCAGGGGCACUGACAGCUUUCAUACCUACCUAUUUUAAGGGGCAUUGAAGGCCACAAAGCAACACAUCCUGCACAGCACAGCUGACCAGGAAUUCUAGGAUUUCUUGGUAAGCGCAAUGGUUUCUCUGGCAUUUACUUAAUGCUUCUCAACUCAAAGCGCUCUUUUAUUACUUUUGAACAUCCCUCCGCCCAGUAGAAAUAAUGAAGUGAAAUUUCUAAAAGCACAAACUACUGAUUUUGUCUUGAUGAAAAUUCACCUUUGAAAAUGAAAAUGGUUAAAUUUUCAAAAGUACUGUAACCAAAUGGUGGGAUUCCCUAGAUUAUCACACAGGAAAUUAUGAUUUUAAAAUAUCAAAACAAUUCUUAACAGAUAUACAAGAAAUUUAAGAUUUUUUGAAAACAUGAAAUUACGGACAAACCAGUGCUUUGUUAAAUCCACAAGAUUUGCAUUCUAAUUCUUAUAUUCUUGGAUCUUGAAAAAUGUCAUCUUUGAAAAAGUGGCAGAUGUAAUGAUUUUUUUUG